UCACCUAGGGAAGAGUCUGCAGCUGCUGAUGGACAGAGUGGAUGAGAUGAGCCAAGACAUUGUUAAAUACAAUACCUACCUGAGGAACGUAAGCAAACAACAGCAGCAGAAACACCAGUACCAGCAGAGACGUCAGCAAGAAAAUAUGCAGCGUCAAAGCCGAGGAGAAGCCCCUCUUCCUGAGGAGGACAUCAAUAAACUUUUUAAACCUCUACAGCCGCCUGCAAGAAUGGAGUCACUCCUUAUUGCAGGUCAGAUUAAUACCUACUGCCAGAAUAUUAAGGAGUUCAAUGCACAGAACCUGGGCAAGCUUUUUAUGGCUCAGGCUCUCCAAGAUUACAACAACUGAAGAAACUUUGCUGUAGCCCUCACCAGAAAAAGAUAAUUGCAGUUUUCUACUGUUCAUGAUCCUCUUGAAAAUUUAGUAUAUUUGGAAAAGAGUCUUGUAAAACAGUCACCUUGGUUUGUGUAGAAUUCUCCUGUAAGGAAAAUAAAGGCAAAUUUUAAUGAUA